AUGGUGCCAUACAACGGAGCUCGCACAAAAGUGCAGCUCAAGCUGACCAUCCAACGAUGCAAGAUGCUACAAGAGAAGAAGGAAGCCAUGGCCAAACAAGCUCGUCGAGACAUCUCCGCUCUCGUCGAAAAAGGUAAACUCGAAACAGCCCGUAUCAAAACUGAAGGCAUCAUCUCCGAAGACAUCCAUCUCGAACUUCUCGAGCUCAUGGAACUCUACGCAGAGACUCUUCUCACUCGUUUCGCACUCGUCGAUCUACCCACUCGCGAACCGGACAUCAGCAUCCUCCCCGCCCUAUGCGCCAUUGUUCACGCUGCGCCACGUACCGAGCUCAAAGAGCUGCACGUACUGAGAGAGAUGCUCAUGGCAAAAUAUGGUCGAGAAUUCGCACAGGAUGUGAUGGAUAACAAGGACGGCUGCGUACCAGAGAGGGUCAUAUCGAAGUUGUUGGUGGAUACACCGGAUGCAAAGUUGGUGGAUCUGUAUAUCUUUGAGAUUUGUAAGGCGUAUGAUGUGGCUUUUUCCUCGCCGCUCUUGCCCGAGGCAAAGGUGGAGGAGCCUGAGGAAGAAGAGGAGGAGAAGGAGGUGGAAGAGGAGCUAACUGGCGAUGCAGCAGAUAAAGAGAAGGGCGCAGAUGGAUCUGCAAAAGUCAAAACGGAGAACAAGGCAAGUGAUGCAGCAAAGUCAGAUGGUGCAACAACCGAUGGAAAGGGAAAGAAUGGUACAGCUAAGCCAGCAGAGAUAGCGGCGGUACCACCAAAGAAGAAGACGGACAAGGAAGAGUACGAUUCAUUAGAAGCACGAUUUGCUGCUCUCAAGCGUCACUAA